AUGUUCCAACCAAUGCUAAAAAGCACAGCCGGUGCCAGAGGGUACAGCCGGUGCCAGGGUACAGCCGGUGCCAGAGGGUACAGCCGGUGCCAGAGGGUACAGCCGGUGCCAGAGGGUACAGCCGGUGCCAGAGGGUACAGCCUGGCCUCGAUAUCAGCCACCAGGGUCUCAUCUGUUGGUUUGCAUCGAAGGGGGAGUGUCCCGAUCAACUCGUGA